CGUGACGUCCAGGCAGAGGUGUUGAGCCGAGAGAGGAAAGCAGCUUUAAUUGCAGGCAGAGAGAAAAGCCAGCGAUGGCUUCGCUCAGACAGGAGCACCACUACGGUCUCUCCUGUGGAAAAAAUAACAAAAACAGCCCCAACAGGACGUUGUACCACGUCAAGCUCACGGACACGGCUAUCAGAGCGCUGGAGGCUUACCAGAACCUCAAGGGGUCGUUACCAAGUGAACCAUCAAUUUGUUUCAAAGGAAACCAAGGGUACAUCAAGAUCCCAGCUCCCACACCAGAGUCUCCUUCUGCUCUUCGCGUCUUCUCCUUCUACUUAUCCAGCGACAGCAAAGACCAACCUCAAGCCAGCUUUGACUGCAUCCAUCAAUAUGUUUCGAGUGACGGCCGAGAGCAGCUGGAAGGUCAAGGCAUCAUCCAGGACAAGAUCACAGUGUGCGCCACGGACGACUCCUACCAGAUGACCCGUGAGAGGGUGUCUCAGGUGGAGAAGGACAGCUGGAGCCGCGCCGCCAUCGAGAUCAAACCCGGAGCCACACAUCCAAGUAAAUGUGUCAAGUUCCACAAGCGACCAGCUCCUCUGUCUGCGUCAGACAGCAGCUUCUACAAGCAGUCUACCAACAAUCGGAGGAACGGCGGUAUGACCACGCCGACCCAGAAGCCCUUGAGGGAGCGCAUCAUCCACCUCUUAGCUCUUAAACCCUACAGGAAACCAGAGCUGCUGCUGUGGCUGGAAAGAGAAAGAGCUGACCCCAAGGACAAGGCCGAGCUGGGUGCCAUCCUUGAGGAGGUGGCAAAGGUGAAUCCUAAAGACAGCAGCUUCCUGCUGAAGGACGACUUCUAUAAGCACGUGCAGAGGGACUGGCCGGGCUACAGCGAGGAAGAGAGGCAGCUGAUCAGCAGGCUGCUGGCCAGGAAGUUGCAGCCGCACAUCAGCCACCCGUCAAGGAAUCCAGCAAACGGGUCGAUGGUGAAGUCCUCAGAGGAUACGACAUUACAGCACAGCCCAGCAAAAACUCCUGCAGUGAAACGUCCCGUGCCUUUUGACUCUCUGGAAAGGCUCGCAGUUAAGAGACAAAGACUUGCGGACCAGAGGUUGCAACAGCAGCCCACAGUAAACGAACUCUUAAACAAUAAAGGACACGUCAUUGCUGCUCCAACCCUCAACCCCAGUUUCCACACAAAGACUGAGUUUCAACGGACAAGUAACCAAACUGGUAACCAAAAUGGCUUACCAGGAGGCCACAAUGGCUUUCCUCUGAUGCACAAACUGUCUAACCCCUCUGACACACCUGUCUCAGAGAGCAGGGAGCAGGAACCCAAAGUAAGCAGCCACCAACCACCACAGAGCGACUCUGACUGCGCUCACCAGCAGCUCGCCAACAGCCAGUACAAGAAGAAGAAGUCUAAAAAGCACAAAGACAAGGAGCGGGAGAGGUUAAAAGACAACAAGGGCAGUGAAUGGUUCAAGACGAGUCCUGAUCUCAAGCAGAACCCGGACAAACUUGACAAUCCUGACAUCACGAAUGCGGUGGCCUCUGAGGAGAAGCCGGAUUAUGUGACCGCGUACGGCACCAUAAUGAGUCUGGAGCAGCGUGAGAGGUACCAGGAGGACUUCUGUGCAGAGUAUGAUGAAUACAAAGACCUCCACUCGCGGAUCGCCACCAUAACUCACCUGUUUGUUCAGCUGGGAUCCAAGAUCAAAAGCUUGUCCCCUGGCACACGAGAAUAUAAGAUAAUGGAAGACCAAAUACUAGAAAAGUACAACAAGUAUCGUAAGAAGUUCCCAGGCUACCGGGAAGAGAAGAAACGCUGCGAAUAUCUCCAUGAGAAACUGUCCUACAUCAAACAGCUCAUCAUAGACCACGAUGUCUCUCGGGCUUCUUCAUAGCAUUAGAUCUCCCCCUUUAUCAGUUUUUUUUAUAUUGAACCCUCUUCUUUACAUAAACAAGGUGUCAAAUGAAGCGUCUUUACCUGAGAGUGAUAUAAAAGACGUUGGAUGAAGCUGCAGACGUCAACAUGAACUGCCUCUGCUGGAAUCAAAGAUGACUCCGUGAGCACUGAUGAUAUAUAUUAGUAGCAUAUUUCACUCUGGUAUUUGUACGUCUGUUUGAUUUGACUUCCAAAGGAGAGGCAAAAAAAGAUCUUGGAAAGCAUCUGUGCACAUCAAAUUGCCAUGACAGACAAUGUACCUGAUAGUUUUUGCCAGCCUUGUUCAAACCAGUGUCAGUGUAAGCCAUUCUGAUGGGAUUAUGUACGAGGUAGAAAAUAUGAUUUUAACUUAUUCUCUUUGUUUUAGACACGAAGUCAAACAUCGCUCCAGGCAGGUUUCCCCCUCUUUUUUUUUUGCUCUUUUUGUAUUAUAAAUUUAAAUAUUUCAAUAUACAGUGUACGUUUCAAUUCUAUAUCAAAGUUGCCUCAUUCAUGAUACACGAUUGAAGUAGCCUCGUGCAAAAAGAAGAAGUGAUGUUUGAAGUCAUUUUAACUCGGAUUCAGCCGUCACAUCUUAUUAUGUAAAUGGCGUGGGAUACUUCCACUUGUUCCCGGCGCACUUUCCCUUCAUGUUUCAGGCAUUUAUCUUGGAGCGAGACUAAUUUGAAGCAUCAAGAUAUUUAAAACUAGAUUUUUAGUAAAAAAUAAAUUAAUAAAUGUUGAAUUUGUACAGGAAGCAAGUUAAAUAAUCUCGCCCCUUGGCAGAAAGAAAUAUAUUUUUAGGACUAUUUUUGCAAUACGAGCAGGUCGGGGGUCAUAUUCACCUUCGUUGUCACCAGCUUGUUUCAUGAGCGUCGUCCUGACAUAUUGCAGAUACUAAAUGUAUAUUCUUCUUUUUGAAAAGCAGCUGAUUUCAAUGAGGGGAAAAAACUGGAAAAUAUUCAAAUAGUUUGAGGUAUACGCUGUCUCCCAAAUGCACUUGUGUUUAAAGUAUUUAUUCAGCACACCGUUUCUUCAGAGCGACGGGUAAAGGACCAAAAUGCUGCAAAGGUUUUGUGAGGAACUGCUAUUUUCCUUCCCAAAACCCUUACUGACAUUGUUAAUCCGGCACAAAGUCUAGUUUAAAGUAUUCUAACCCACUGGAAAGAAGAGUCUUUCUCUAUUAUUAUUAUUUUUUCUUUCUUAGAACUACUGAUGUAUUUAUUUUAAGCCUCCUCUCUGUGUUGUUGUUUUCCUCAGCUUGACGCGUCAGGUCCUGCUCCAUUUCAAAGUGUGUUUGGUUCAAGCAGCCGGGAGAAGUCGUGAGCAGAUCAAAGGUUUACCUAAUGUAAUAUGUUUAGUCUCUGUCUGACCUGACACAGCUGUGGAGAGUGAGUCCCUAUGUUCCCAUGUUCCCAGCCACUGUGGAUACAUCAAUGUCUAAAGUCAGAAAAACUGUGUUUCCCGCAAAUUUGAAAAGCUUGAUUGAACAUUUGCCCCGGGGGGGGAAACCGCUUCUGACAACAUUAAAGCCUUUGAAAGAUUUCUUUAACGUGAGGAGGAUAUUGAACUCGGGGACGUAGAUAAGCUCCCAUUAAAGCUGCACCAAAGUCCUCUAUAUGUUAAUGCUGAGGCGGGGAGGUUAGCGGCCGCUUCGCCCAUCACUUGAGCGGUGUUUGCUUAAUCACUGUAGAAAGUAUUGCAUCCACAUUGUAUUGCAUUGUUGCAUUAUUUGAUCGUUCAAACAGCAAUACAAAAUGGACGCAACACUGAAUUGGGAAGUCAGCCCUAGAUAAUUGGUCUUCAGGGAAAUACGGAAAAGUCAAAUACGAAAUCAUAACCAGUUGUGGUACUAUUUCAAACACCUUAAGUUUCCAGUUAAUAAUCAGUGCCCAAUUCAGUUUUUUUGCACUAAACCCAGUUAAAAAAAUAAGUCGGGACACAGCAGGUUAGUAACAUUUCCAUUCAGAUUGUAAAAGUUCUUCGUGGUUACAGCUUUUGUACUGAAUGUUAACAGUUAAUGACGUAGAAGCCUUAAUUACACUUUUUAGGACAAAAUCUUCAAACUGCCAAUAUCAACAAAGAGUCAUUACACACACACACACACACACACACACACACACACACACACACACACACACACACACACACACCUGUUAUCUGCCUUAUAUUUCUCAUAGCUGCUACAUUUAAACUUUCACUGUUCACAUUAAUGCCAACAGUGGCUUUCUAACACGUUUGAAUAUUACUGGAGGAAAUAUUUGAUGAUGUAAUUUGAAAAUGGUUUAAUGGACAGUUUGAUUGGCUAUGAUGGCUUAGCUUACUCAUCAGUUGCUUUUGUUGUCCUUCUGGUACUCUUGUUUUUCAUAAUCAUCACUGAGAUAUUUGGUCCGGUGUUUAUUUAAUGAUAAAUACCACUUGCUGUGUCUGAUAUUCCCACCUGACUCAGCUCUGAGCAUAUUGAGCAGUUUGAUUUGAAGACUGUCAAAAGAGAUUUCUCGUAUAUUUCAAGCACAAACUAAAUAAAAUGACAGUACUCCCAUCACUUUCAGGUAGCGGCUGCUAAUUAUUUGAUCGUUUCAGCGGGCGAAAGGUAUAGUUGUGGUUAAUUGAAGAGUCACUGGUCUUGAAGACAGAAUAUUUCUUCCAAAAUCACAAAAUGAAUUCUAUUCUCUGCUUGUCUGUCUCUUUCUGUGCAAGUCUUAAUCACAAGCUACAAAAAAAAGUUCAUAUGGUGUUUGUUUUUUCGGGACUGGUGUUGAAUAUUUACAAGGCACCAGUGUGUACAGCACAUUUGGUGUUUUGUUUAGUGUGCUGCAUUCCUGCUGAAGGGAAAGCCUCAUCUUAGUCCCAUUGGAGUCAGAUAAGAGUUUUCAUUAUGAACUGCAUUUCACAAAUGUACACUUUCUCUUGUCCUGUUGUGCAAAGUUCAAAAGAAUAAAUACAUCAAAGUGA